AUGAAAGAAUCCCUGAGCAUCGCUUUAUUGGUGUUCUUUGGUUCCUUGGAAGUCACCCUGGAGAGUGAUUUCUCGAUCGAUAAUCAGCUGGUCGUCAUCGCGAACGAUUGUUACACGAGGGUGUCCAUUGGCUCGAAAUUCGCCCAGAAGGAUAUCACUUCCAGGAUCGAAGUCGCGACCGUUUCCGAAUGCGAGGACGAAUGUUCGAAAAAUCGAACUGCUUGUGGAGCUUUCAGUUUCGGAAUCAGCGCAAAAGGAAAUGGCACCUGCAUCCUGGCUGCUCGAAAACCGAAUUUCGAAGACUUGCAAAAAGAUCCCGAUUACGACGCGUACGUUCGACAACAGAGUACUCCACAUUGUAGACCCGAUCGCCUAUACAAAACCGAUAUCAAAGGGAAAAAGCCCUCUCCAGGACACGAGAUAGAAAAUCCGCCAUCGUUCUUCAAAAGUCACCAAAUUCCCCAUCGAGAAUUUAUAAUGACGCCGAAAUGGUGGCUAUUCGCGGCCCUUUUUGUCAUCACUUUUCGAAAGGCCAGACCAAGCUCCGUAAUUAUUGUAAAAGACUGUCUGCCGUGUUAUCGAAGAAUCCUGUCUGGGAAAAGAAUCAUCGACGGUCACGUAAGACGAACCGUGGGUUGCGAAAGAAUAGACGACUGUGGAAAAUUGUGCGACACCGAAAACAACUUCAAUUGUCAAGGCUUUAAUUACAGGCCACUCGGAUCGGGUCGCCGGGGGAUUUGCGAAAUGACGCCGAUGUCAUCCUACGGAAUGGACAUGCGAAGAGAUUUUUCAACGGAUCCAAGAUACGACUAUUACGAGAGAGAUCAAAGUUGCAACGGAAGACCCCAGGAAAGCCAACCAUCGGGCUGGAUAAAUCUACGACCUCGACCGAGCUCCACCUACAUACCUCAAGUGGGACCUUAUUCUCCUCCGAGAACGGAUUUAAGGCCUUACGUUCCAGGAGACCCAAACUCCGAAAGAGGAUUUUUUGGGGUCUCUCGACCCGUUACGAUUUACUCGACUGGAGGGUUUCAAGGAUAUCCAUCCGGACCUACGGAGAGACCUCCAUAUCCUGACAGAGGCCCUUCGGGGAGGGACAGAGAUUAUGGAUAUUUAGGGCGACCUUACUCUACUAGAAAUAUGGAUACCGUUCAUAUCCGACCGAUAGAGGACGAUUUUUACUCCAACAGAUACACCUCUGGAAGGCCUUAUUUAACAAAGUAUCCGAUAAGGAGGACCGAAUACGGUCGACCUUAUCCCGACGUUGGCGCCAACGAAGUCGCUCCAUAUUGGCGCGAUGGAGCUGGUUACAACGACAGGGGAACUUAUGGAUCUUCUUAUGGAUACGAUGGAAACGACGUUUCUUAUCCCAAGGAAACAACCCAUAGGAAAGCUUAUGGUCGUUCUCGACCAAGGCCUCUAGUGAACGACCACUUUUACGGCGAGUUCUACAAUUAUGGAGGCGCGUUUGGCUACGGGGACAACUAUAUUCCCUCGGAACGAGAUUUAUUGUACGGCGGCACCGGAAGUGGACAAGAAUGUUCCGUUAGAGCCGGAGCAGGCUUCAAAGUCAGAAGAGGAAUCAUGAGAAGAAGUUUCCUUACUUCGGACGUGAACCAGUGCGAACGGUUCUGCUUCACCGAAAAGGAGUUUCCAUGCAUGCUCUUCUCCUACAGGUACAACGUGGCAGCCACCGCACCCACCGAUAAUUGUCUUUUGAGCGAGGUGUCGUACAAAGAUUUGGACUUUUACACCGAUUUGGAGCCCGAUCGCGAUUACGACAUUUACGUAGUCGUCGGAGACCGGAAGUCCUGUGAAAACAGACCUCAGAGUCAAGAGCCACCGCAAGAAUGCUUCUGGAGGGUUGCCAGUGGAGUUGGAAUUCCAUCAAAGGUCACAAAGAGUUCCAUUCUGGUGGGGGGUCUAGGCGAUUGUGAAUUUCAAUGCGUGAAUUCCAAAGAAUUCAUCUGCAGAAGUCUCGUCUUCAGGUACGGACAAUUGACGGACGGAUCGGCAAAUUGUUUCUUAAGCGACUGGCCGUCUCAAGAAAUUGAUUCCGCCUCGUUUCUGGAAUUGAACGGAGCCGAAUUGUACGAAAGAGGCAGCUUUGGCCGUGGUUGCGAACCAUUUCCAUUCCCGAUGAUUACAACACCUAAAGAACCUCAAACCGGCAAAAGGCCGCAAAACAUGGACGAGGGGUGUUAUGCCGGUCACCAAAAACCAUGCAGAUUGACUCCAGUGGCAAUUUUAUUAGCGGUUGGAGUCAACACGGAAUCGGAAUGUCGACAAAAGUGUUCCAGAAUGAGAGAAAGAGAUCCAGUUCCUUGCAUGUCGUUCAGCUUCAACAAAUAUUCACCAAAUGGAAAGGACAACUGCUUCCUAAGCGACGUUCCCAUGAGAGAUUUGAUCCCAGGUUUCGAUUACGUCCCGGACACCAACUACGUAUUGUACGUGUGGAAAGACUUGGAGCCACAUUGUUGGAUUCCGAGCCAUGGACCCCCUGGUAGACCUCGGCAUCCACCCAUCCCCCAUAGACCAGUCUAUCCCCAGAAACCUCCAGCUUAUCCAGAAAGACCCCCUUCGCAUCCCCAUUAUCCAGGAUAUUAUCCAGGAUAUUACCCAGGACCCCAUGGCCAUGAUAUCAAACCCCCUCGGCCAGGAUAUCCGUAUCCACACGGGGGAACACCCGGGAAACCGGAAGCGAAACCCCCUGGUCCUGAUCAACCCGGGUAUCCAGGAAGUCCAGAUUAUCCUGGAGUCAUUCCUCUGGAUCCCACGGGACCCGAUUACGUCCCUCCUCCCGUGGGUCCUCAAUGUCCUCCCCAUGGAGGAGGUCGUCCAAUUUUGCCGGAUAAUCCGGGUGCUGGAUCGGGAUGCGGUGGGUCUCGUCCCGUAGAUCCAACCCCACCGGAAGGACCCGAUUAUCAGGGAAUCAUUCCCUUAAAUCCUAACAGUCCUUUUCCCCCUGGCCCUGGGAAUUCUGGAGAUUCUGGAGAUUCUGGGGAUGGAACGGACACGACUGGAUCUGGCGAUUGCGGUUUUAGUAUCAACCAGAACUGCCCAUUUCCGGCCGGUGGUUCUUCGACAUUCCGACAUUACACCGUAAAUGGAUAUCCCUGUAAACGAGGCACCAAGUGCGAAAGGAAUAAAGUUGCCGGAUUUUGGUCCUGCGAACCCGAAGGAGGCGAACCCGGAGCCUGGGAUUAUUGUUGCGAACCUAAUCAUCGAUGCGGAUUUUCCAAGGGUUUUAAAUAUCCAUGGUGUUACGUGGGACCCGCCGAAGAGCAAUGGCGUCCAUGUAGCGAAAAGUAUCAUCCCUAUCUUCCGAGUCCAAGGCCGAUGCGAACAUUCAACGAUUACCAAAGAAAAUAUAGCAGAUCUUCCAAGCAAGUCCCGUUUAUCGGUCUAUUGUGA